AUGCCUGCGUAUCACUCCAUCUUCCUCCAGGAUCAAAAUGUCCGGUUAAUAGGCAACUUUGCUCUCCUUCCUCUCCGAACUCGCACCCGUGGUCCAGCCUACUCUCUUCCUGCCUUGGCCCCAGGUACCUCCGAGCUUGAAAUCGACCCAGACAGCGAGUCAUACGACUCCCUAGAUGAAGUCCUUUCCCUUUUCCGAGCAAACACGUUCUUCCGAAAUUUUGAAAUCAAAGGGCCGGCAGACCGAUUACUCAUUUAUGGCAUACUGUUCUUGAGCGAGGCAUUGGGGAAGAUAAAGCCGACAUUGGGUAAGAAGGAGGCAGAGAAGGCACUGCUGAACGCAGCAUUGGACCAAUUUGCAAUUCCGGGGGAUGCUAGCUUCCCAUUAAAUCAGGCAUUCGAGGCGCCGAGAGAUCGACAAGAUGCGGAGACCUUGAGACAGUAUCUGUCUCAGGUGAGACAGGAAUUGGCAAUGAGAUUACUUGCGCGUGUGUAUGCAGAUGGCAACACACCGUCGAAAUGGUGGCUGAGUUUCACGAAGCGCAAAUUCAUGGGCAAAUCACUAUAG